AUGGCCACCGAGUUGACCGUCCAGUCGGAGCGCGCUUUCCAGAAGCAGCCUCACAUCUUCCUUAACACCAAGGCCAAGGCUUCCUCCAAGAAGUCCGCCCAGGGCCGCCGCUGGUACAAGGAUGUCGGUCUCGGUUUCCGUACCCCCAAGGCCGCCAUUGAGGGUACCUACAUUGACCACAAGUGCCCCUUCACCGGUACCGUGAGCAUUCGCGGUCGUGUCCUCACCGGAAAGGUCGUCUCCACCAAGAUGCACCGCACUCUCGUCAUCCGCCGUGAAUACCUUCACUACGUCCCCAAGUACAACCGUUACGAGAGACGCCACAAGAACCUCUCUGCCCACGUCUCCCCCGCUUUCCGUGUUGAGGAGGGUGACACCGUCACUGUCGGCCAGUGCCGUCCCCUCUCCAAGACUGUACGUUUUUCCAAGGCUUCCCUCUCCGUGGUCAGAUUGCCGAAAACACAAGCCUGUGAUUUUGCGAUCGAACCGCGAUUUUGGUUCGCUUCAACGUGCUCAAGGUUCUCCCCGCCAAGCAGAAGGCCGGUAAGUGAUGACAAUAUGACUCUUUUUUCUUGGAGCAUUUUGCUGAUUCAAUUUCCGUCUACAGUCAAGUCUUUCGCCAAGUUCUAA